AUGCCUGAUGAAGGCUUGACACCUAAUGCAAUCACUUAUAACCACCUGAUUGAUGCCCAUUGCAAAAUUGGUGAAAUAGAUAAGGCCUUGAAGCAUUUUUCAAACAUGAAAGUGGCUGGUAUUUCUCCAAAUGUUGUAACCUAUAGUAAAUUGAUUGAUUUUUUCUUCAAGAAAAACAAACUUGACAUGGCUUUGUCAAUGCUGAAUGAGAUGAGAACAAAGGAUUUGGUUCUAGAUGUUUUUACUUACGACAGCUUAUUCCGCAGCUUCAAGCAAAGACAUGAUCUUGUAAAAACAUUUUGGUUGAUGGAUCAGAUGAAGAAAGAAGGCUGUGCUCCAAGUGAUGCAAUUGUCAGGACACUUAACUGGCUGGUUGAUGUUGGUGAAAUGAAAAAAUUAAGUGACUUUGUAAAUGAAAAAAUUAAGUGA